GAAAGCAAAUUUGGGGGCGUUUGGACAAAUCUGAAAUUACAUCUAGCCAAUGCUUACCCUGCGAAACGGAUAAAACCGACCCGACCUAAAAAAAUCUCAUAUACUUUUCGUAUCUUAUCCUUUUAAGGCUGCAUUUUAGAGGUUCGAGGUUAAGUUUAAGAGUUUCAAAUGGGGAGAGAGGUGAAGAAAAUAGAGAAAAAGGAGGCCAGGCGUGUGACUUUUGCCAAGCGGAGGAAGGGGUUGAUAAAAAAGGCAAAGGAGCUUUCAAUUCUCUGCGACGCAGAUGUCGGGCUUGUCAUUUUUUCUGCAACAGAGAAGCUCUCCGAGUACUCCAAUACCAGCAUGAAGAUGAUUUUGAAGAAGUAUUCUGAGAGCCAUAGUGGAUUUUUAAAUAAUGAGAAAUUAAAUAUUGAGCCUGAAAAUCAAGAUUUGAGAAAGAUACAAGAAGAAAUGGAAAACAUCAACAAUACUUUGAGGUAUAUGCAUGGAGAUGAUCUUAAAGGGAUAACAAUAAAUGAAUUACAAAAACUUGAACGAAUGUUAGAAGUUGGAUUACGUAGAAUUCAAACAACAAAGGGAAACCAAAUUGAAGAGGAGAAUACCAGACUUCACCUAGAGAUUUCCAAAUUUAAGAAUAAUACUACAAAAGAAUUCGUGUUGAUAGAGCCCUUGGAAACUAGUGAUCAUCCUCAAUCAUCUGAAGUUAUACAUGAUUCUCACCUACCAAUGAGCCAACACAAAGAAAGCAUUCAAGACAACGAGCUUUCAGACACUAACCUACAUUUGGGGUUGUCGAUUUGAUACCUGUUUAGUAUCCAGUCACGAAAGAAAAUUGAGAGUAUUUGAAAGUUUCAACUUAUUAUCUUUUCAUCAAAAACAUGUAUUCAUUAUAGAAGAGUAUAUCAACGCUUCUGAUUCAAUCAUAUCCUUUGCUGAUUAAUAAUUGGUAGAUUCCUUAGAAGACGGAGGCAUGUGAUUCAACUCAUAUUCUUGGCUGGAAAAUGAUGAUAGAUUCCUAGCUUGUACCAACACAGUUAGAAUCUUGAAGAGAUUUUAUUAAUUCGUAUUAUUUCUAAUUUUAAACAAGCUUACGUUCAAAUUGAGAAUCAUGCUAAAUCAACCUUUCAAACAACGUGAUUUUCUGAAACCAUCAACUAUUGAAUCAUAUAAACUAUAAUUAUAAAAUUAGUUAAUAAAUAUUCCCUAUGCAUCUUUUAAUUGUUCUCAAUAGUAAUAAUCAGUGGUUCGCGACUUUUGUAGAAAGCUUAGCAAUCGGAGUGCAUUUUAAGGGCCUUAUGACCUGAAUUAUGAUAAGGACCGUUUUAUGUAAUGAUCAUGAUAUUAAAUAGUUUUUGACAGAGAACGGUAAUU